CUUUCGUUUUAUGGAAAAACGCGUCGAUUUAGUAUAAUUUCAUCGAUUUUUAAGAGGAUGACCGUCCAUUGCACCUUUACCGAAAUCAGAACUAAGUUGCAUGUCAGUGCGGUGCCUAAGUCAUUACCUUGCAGAGAAGAAGAAUUUAAUAAUAUUUAUACAUUUCUAAAAAGCAAACUAAUGGAUAAUAGUGGAGGAAGUAUUUAUAUAAAUGGAGUCCCAGGUACAGGAAAGACUGCUACUGUAAAUGAGAUUGUGAAAUGUCUAAAGAGAUCAGUCAAAAAAGGUAAAUUAGAUCGUUUCGAUUUUGUUGAGAUUAAUGCUAUGAAAUUAUCCGAGCCCCGGCAAGCCUAUGUACAAAUUCUGAAGCAACUAUCUGGAAAAGUUUUAACAUGGGAACAAGCAUAUAAUAUGUUAGAAAAAAAAUUUAAUAGCAGUGUUAAAAGGCCAAUGACAUUGCUACUUGUAGAUGAGCUUGAUUUAUUAUGUACAAAACGACAGGAUGUAAUAUAUAAUCUUUUGGACUGGCCUACAAAAGCUUCUGCUCGAUUAAUAGUCAUUACUAUUGCCAAUACUAUGGAUCUUCCAGAAAGAGUUUUAAUGGGUAGAGUGACGUCGCGAUUAGGUCUUACUCGAGUAACUUUCGAACCAUACAAUUAUAAACAAUUGUAUGAGAUAAUAUUAAGCAGACUUAAAAACACAGACAUUUUUGAAAAUGAAAUUAUACAAUUAAUUGCACGUAAAGUAUCCGCAGUAUCAGGCGAUGCUCGCCGUGCUUUGGACAUUUGUCGUCGAGUGGCAGAAAUUACCGAAACACGCAAUAAUACUACAGUAAGCGUACAAGAUGUAAAUGAAGCUUUGUCGGAGAUGAUAAUAAAUCCAAAAGUUCAAGCGAUAAAACAUUGCUCAAAAUUCGAGCAAAUAUUCUUGCAAGCCGUUUGUGUAGAAGUCAAACGAAUUGGCGUAGAAGAACUUUGUUUUAUGAAUGUUUAUAGACAAUUUGAAUUUUUAUGCUCCUUUGAUGGUUACAAAACACCUAAUAUUACUCAAACUCUUGAUAUUUGCGCAAAACUGGGUGAUUAUAGAUUGCUAAUAUGCGAAUAUUCAAGUAACGAUAUAUAUAAAAAAAUUCUAUUAAACGUAUCAAAGGAUGAGCUGCAUUAUGCGUUACAAAAAAUUGAUUUUGAUUAA